AUGUCCGACCAAGAUUACGAGGCCUUUUUGAAUAAGGCCAAUAAGGACUAUUCUGCUCCAUCCACAAACACGGCUCCUCAAAAAGAGGAGGAAUUUAUUUCGGCUACUGCACAUCAAGCCCUUCGAGCUAUAGGGGAGAGGUGGUACACCUCAGACUCAGAUGAGCCGUUCACUGAUGUUACAUUCGGCUGGGAAGGAGACGCCCUGCCCGAUGAAGCGGAAUUCGGAGAACUUGUGGGACUGGAGGUAUCCGAGAAGAUGCCAUACGAAGAAUGGGAUGUAACAGGCUCUUAUGACGAUGUUACUUCCGCCAUACAAGAAGCCGCGGGUGGGUCUGCACCUGAGGUUUACAGAGUCGAAGAAAACUAUACCAAAAAAUGGUACUAUGUUCUCGCUUUAGAUAAAGCGAAUAAGAAGCUCGUUGGAGUGAAGGCAUUGGCUAUUGAAAGCUGA